AUGGCUUCUGAGAUUACAGCUGCCGAAGCUUCCAAACCCAAAUCACAAAACAAGACCCGAAAGCGCGCCCCCAAGGCGUGUCUAUCGUGUCGCGCUCGCAAAGUCAGAUGUGAUGUCUCACAACGCGGUCGCCCGUGUAUGAACUGCUAUCUCGACAGCGAGUCGUGUGUUGUUACUGGGAGAGCAUCAAGAUUUCGGAGAGCUCAACAGCGGGACGAUGGCGCGAACGCGGACAAUGGGGAUGCUUCCUUUCCGCCCUACGCUCCCGAAGCAGGGGAGCACAACCACGAUAUCGAUCCGAUUGCCUCAACGACCAAUGAUGGGAUUUCAAUACCUCUGACGGAACCUCAAGACCAGCCUCAGACGCACAGUCACGUUCAAAAUGGCCACUCGUCGCCCUUGGGUACGGGAGCCGACCGACAGAAGAGCCCGGCGGCGCAGAAGAAGAGCUGUCGUCAUGAUCAUGCCGGACAUGGACAGCAUGUCAAAACCUCGGCGGCAGGAGCAUCGACCGGCGAACCACUUCUAGCCAAUCCAUUGCCUCUUAACAGCUCGGCCACAGCACAGUUAGCCAACGAUGCGCGGCAUCUCAAUCUUGAUGUCACGUACUCGUUCUACCCGUUUCUCGCCCUGGGCAAUCUCCAUAACAUCCCGCCGCAAGACGUCAACUUUCUUGAGCUCCAGGGUUGUCUGAGAAUACCCACGCGCACUAUUCUUGACGAAUUUGUACAGCAGUACUUCCUUCAUGUUCAUCCUCUUCUUCCAAUGCUCAACGAGGGUGACUUCUGGGAUGUCUACUGUAUGAACCCGGUCAACUUCUCUAGCGAGAGACUUUCUCUGCUUCUGUUUCAGGCGAUGCUUUUCGCUUCUUGUAAUUUUGUAUCCCGCCAAACCAUCAAGACCUUGGGCUUUCCCACGAUCCGCGCUGCCCGCGCCGCCUUCUACAGACGCGCCAAACUCCUUUACGAUCUCGAGUCCGAGUCCUCACCCCUCGCAAUUUCACAAGCAGCUCUCCUCCUCUCUUUCUGGUCCCCUCCCUCAUCGCCCGCUCUGCGCAAAUCCAAUACAGCCUGGCUCACCAUCGCCAUCCAGAACGCAAAGACGGUUGAGGCGCAUCACUACGCUACCCGAACGGCUCCGCCAAAGAAGCGCAACCUCCUCAAGAGACUCUGGUGGUCAUGUAUCAUUCGCGAUCGCAUUGUCGGUCUUGGCAUGCGUCGCGGUGUGCAGAUCACCCGUAGUCACUUUGAUUUCGAUGCCAACGGUAUUUUGGGCUACUCCGAUUUGUCCGAUGAGAUCGAGAGAAGUCGAGUGUACAACCCGGGCACAAAACGAUGUCUUGCUGAGAUCUUGGAGCAGCUCGUCGAGUUGUGUGUCGUACUGACUGAUAUCCUGAUCUUGGUGUUUCCACUGGAUGACAGUCCUGGCUGGGGUCGUGAGAUGCGUGCCGAGGAGCAGGAUCGAGUCCGCGGGUGCAAAAUGGCAUUGCGCAGAUGGUACAAGGGCGCAACGCUGAGGUUCCCCAUGUUUGGAGGAGGCUCUGUUGCCAGGAUGAAGUCUCCCGGAAGCGAGUUUCAACAUGAUUCCGUGAUAUUGUACACCAACUUGAUGUACAUGUAUUAUCACUCAUCUCGAGUAGUCCUCAGCCAUCACGAAGUCCUCCAUCUCGCAAUCACAGCCGCGGCGCCCUCAUUCAGCGCAAUUCCUACGUCAGACCUUGUCAUCAUCGGCGAGAACCGGCACGAACUUCAAGAUGCGGCUUCCGGGGUUACAGAAUGCUUGAAGGAACUCAUUCAUCUCCGCCUCGCACGGUGGCUGCCAAUCAGCGCAGUCGCCUGCACUGCGCUGCCUCUUGUGCUUCACAUCCUCGACGUCAAACUCUCGGCGGCCUCGCGCUCAUUCGACCCAAACACACAAUCUGCCCUGAAGCAGCAUCGCCUCAACAUUCUCAUCGAGGCCAUGAAAACAUACCAGCCACAAUACGAUGGGGUCGACUGGGUCAGCGAGACAAUCCGGCACAUCGUUAACCUCGCUCAGUUGGACUCGCCAAUAGGGGAGCCAGCCAAUACCGGCGAAGGCGGUACCGUCAUCGCAGACUGGACAGACAUUCUCGCGUCUCAGCCCAGCUCGUAUCUUCGUCUAGCUUUGACGAUGGAUCUUUCGCUAAGCAAAGGACGACUGCCCGAGGAUGGCGAUUUCCCGGUCAGUCUUCGAGGCCUCUUUACCGGCGGUUUCAACCCGAUCAAAAUGCUACUCGAGAGGAAACGGGCUGAGAGCACAGCGGGCCCAUGUGCUUUAGGCGUGAGCUCUUCUCCUGUGAUGGACUACGGAAACGGUACUAUGAGGCCCAGUCUUUUCCGUAUGGAACCAGGGACUGUGACGGUCAUACCCUCAGACGAGGAAACCAAUUCCCCCGCCUCAGCGGGCGAUCGUAGUCAAGACAGUACGACAGACGACACGUCUCCACGCAAUGGAGCCGAGUAUCAGUUGACCAACGGCGAUGUGAAUAUGGCGGACCGCCCGCCAUCAGAGGGCAUUGAUGGUUUGGCAGCGGAAGUUCUGGCAGCGUUUCCGCUUGACGAUUCGCCCGUCAGCAUGGAUGGGGACUUUGAUGGCAUGUACUUUGAUGGCAUGCCGGGACACGACGGACCUAAUGGAUGGAUUGAGACCGCGUGGAGUGAGCUCACGCAUGACUCGUUCUUGAUUGACUCUUCGCAUGUAUUUGCUGAACUCUUCACCAUGGCGGACGUCGAGAAAACUGGCUCCCUCAGCCAUGAGUCUUUCCAAGAGGAUGUUUCCCGGCAGCAGAAAUUGGAAGCCGGCGCCCACAUAAUGCCCGAGAUUUUGAGGAACCUUUCACCUGAAGAGUACGGAAGCAUUGGCAGAAAGGCAACGCUCAAGAUGGACAUCAUCAUCUUGCCCACGCUAAUGAUCACAUACAUCCUCAACUACCUCGACCGGAACAACAUCGCCUCGGCGAAGUUGGCAGGAAUCAUGGAGGACUUGCACCUUUCCGAGACUCAGUAUCAGACUUGCGUGUCGAUUCUCUUCGUGGGCUACAUCAUCAUGCAGAUCCCGUCUAACAUGAUUCUCGGCAAGAUCAAGUUUCCAGGUGUUUAUAUUUGCGGCGCAAUGGCAGUCUGGGGAGUCAUCUCGGCAGCACAAACCGUCGUUCAUACCUUCGCUAGUCUGGCAGUUGCUCGUUUUUUCAUUGGCUUCGUGGAGGCAGUGUUUUUCCCUGGCGCUCUCUUUUAUCUAUCAAUCUUCUAUAACCGAAAGCAAUAUGCGUUCCGCACCGCGCUGUUCUACUCAGGCUCUCAACUUGGCAACGCUUUCGGCGGGCUGCUCGCCAUUGCGAUUCUCAAACUGGAUGGGAGAUUUGGUCUUGAAGGCUGGAGAUGGCUCUUCCUGGUUGAGGGCGUCGUAACAAUCGGUCUCGCCCUCCUGUUCGCCUUCAUUCUGCCCAACUCCCCCGACAGCAUCAGAGGCCUCACCGAAGUCGAACGGGCCUGGAUCAAGUUCAACUACGAGAAGGACCAAGGACAGAGCGACGACAGGUCCGAGAUCACCGCACGACAGGGAUUCGUGCUCGCUGUCCGGGAUCCCAAAACAUGGCUCAUGCUCGCGACGCUAUACUGCAUCUUCACUUCGGCCGGCGUGACCAACUUCUUCCCACCAGUUGUCGCCACUCUAGGGUAUUCGCGCACAGUCACCUUCGCGCUGACGGCCCCGCCGUUCGUGCUGUGCUGCUUGACGAUGUUGGCGAACGGCUUCCAUUCCGAUCGGUCGCAGGAGCGGUACUGGCACAUCGUCGGGCCUUUGUGUGUCACGUUAGUAGCCAACAUCAUUGCCGUCUCGACCUUGAAUACAGGAGCCAGGUAUACGGCGAUGAUGCUGAUGCCGGCUUCGUUCUAUGCUGGGUCGACGGUGUUGCUGUCGUGGAUCACGGGGACACUCAACCAACCCGUCGCGAAGAGGGCGGCGGCUAUUGCGUUGAUCAUUUCGGUUUGCAAUACGCCGAACGUAUGGACGCCGUAUCUUUACAACGGCGCACCGAGGUAUUUUGCUGCUUUUACUGUCAACUUGGUCGCUGCUGCUGCGGCUAUCUUGAUUGCGACGGGGACACGGGUGUAUCUGCGCCGGGAGAAUCGGAAGAUGGAUGAUGGUGAGGCGUUGGGUAAGAGCGGACCGACGGCUGCGCAACGAGCGAGUGGCUUCAGAUACAUUUUGUAA